ACGGUACAUUGCAUCCUUUAGACUGUAAAUGGUGAAAAAUCUGAUUACUAUUUUAAAUUACUAUAUUAAAGUGUGAAUGGAUGUAAGAUAGGUGACUAAUGUAGGCCUAUGGAACAUACAAUUAUAACUUAAAUACACUCACUUUUUACAGGCGAAGUGAAGUGUGCAUACAUGCAUGAGUAGUCUAUGCAUACAGUUCAGUUUAGUGGAGAGCUGAAUGUGAAAAAGACUCACUAAUUAAUGAAUUAUUAUUUUUAAAAGCUGUUCUAGAGUCUGCCUAGGGCUAAAAAAAAAAAUCUGGAGUAAUUGCUUAUCAGAUAAUUUUGUUACGAUAUAAAGGCUUUCAUUUGGAUUUUUUUUUUCAAUGAUAUUGGAUAGAAAUUAAAUGUUUGAAGCCUCACUCGAAGCAUUUGACCACUCGACGAUUAUUUGAUUACAUUUUAACAACAGAGAAGUGACAGAAAAAACGACCAAUCACAUCCAUGCAUAGCCUUCUCUCCUCAUGACGUUUACAGCCGCGGGAAACUUACGAGGAAGUGCAUAAACAAUGUGAGUUCGUGCAAACUCAUUGAACCUGAGCUAGCUAGCAAGUUUCAGGCAAGUACUCAGUUACAUUUUAUGAAAUAAGGAACUGACCAAAUGACAUUUCAGCUGGUAUCCAUCUAAAGGGCAUUCGCUAGACAUGGCAACAUCUUCUGUAUCGAAGGGCUGUUUUGUUUUCAAGCCAAGUUCUAAAAAGAGGAAGAAAAAUUCCGAUGUUGUAGACUAUUUCAUUGAAGGUAGUGACGAUGGAGAAAUGGCAAGAAUACGGGUCAACAUCUGUCAGAGACUUUGGGACAUGACGAAAUCUGAGACUGAGAUGUUGCAGGAUGAACUCAACAAGAAAAUCUUGGAUAGCCUGCUUGAGUUCAUCAAAAAAUGUGCCUCAAGCUUUCAGUCCCAAAUGAAUGACUGGGCCUCUCUUAUGAGGGCCAGCGAGAUCCCCACUGCUGCCUUGGUGCUGGGAGUGAAUGUACCAGAUCAUGACAUGACAUUCCAGAGCCUUUCAGUGCUCUUGCAGCAGUCUGUAACUCCGUUUGUGGUUUCUGUGCAAGCCAAAGAGUGUACAGCACUAAAGCACCUGAUGCAGAAGGUCCUGGAGAGACUAAUAGGAGUAGAUGUGGCUGUGGAUGACGACGACGAAGAUGGAGGUCAGCGCAGUGCUCCCGUCCACCAAAAGAGGGUGCACUGCUCCCUCAGUUCACUCUGUGAUUGGUACAGUUCAGUAACCAAGAAAUAUGAAACUUCUCCAGGCAAAAAACGUACUUCGAUGGCCAAAGACAUGAUAUCUAAGCCACCCAUAGUAAUCAUUUUCAAAGACCUUGAAGCCUUCAACCCACGGGUACUACAGGACUUCAUUGUGAUUUGCAGUCGAUACAUCCAGAAACUCCCUUUGAUGUUCAUCUUUGGAAUUGCCACGUCUCCCAGCACCAUCCAGCACAUGCUGCCCCACUCUGUGUCCUCUCUGCUCUGCAUCGAGCUCUUUCAGUCUCUGUCCUGCACACAACACCUGGCCACAGUCGUUGACAAGCUGGUUCUGAAUACAGAGUUCCCCUUCAAGCUCUCUGGCAAGGUACUGCAGGUGCUAGUGAGCAUUUUUCUCUACCACGACUUUUCGGUCCGCAAUUUCAUUAAGGGCCUUCAGCUGGCCCUGGUCGAGCACUUCCACUCCCAGCCCCUCAGUGUGCUGUGCUGCCCCAAAAAGGAGGCUCUGGAUCACGCCCAGAAACUCAGCCACCAGGAGGUGGAGAGGAUCCGACAGCUGCCAUCCUUUAUGAGGUAUGUGGAAAAUCAGGAGCCACAAAAACAAGUUGAGCUGCUGACCAAUGAUGGGUGUGUAAAGGAAGUGUGUAAGAUUUUGAUGAAAGCCCUCAGGAAGUAUCACAAGAACUACUACCCCAUCCUCAGAUGUCUCCAUACUUUGACAUCCUCGCUGCCCAAGUACCCCUUGGGGAAACAGAUCAGAGAGAUACACAUAUCCUGUCUGGAGAAGAAUGUUUGGGAGACUGAAGAGUAUGACUCUGCAAUGCAGCUCCUUAAAUUGAUGGCCAAAGAUGAACUUGUUGCACUUUUGCAGAAGUGUGUGGUCAUUCUGAGUUCCAGCAAGUCAAAGAAAAUGAAAGCUGCUCUUGGACAGCUGCAGAACUACUUAGCAAAAUUUGACCAACUUGACACUCUCUCAGCAGAGGAGGUAAUGCAAGAGGCGGUUUCACCAGAAAAGGAUCUCCAGAAGAAAACUGACCUUUUCCAACUUCAGAAGACUCUUCUAGAGAGGAAGGAAACCAGAAGAACCAAGAAGAUGACUCCUUUCGAGGUGCUCCGAAAUCAAAUUCUGGAAUUUGUCGACAGUCUUGUAAGAGCGCACCUGGUUCCGCCUGAGUCACAGCCAUUGAAUGAGGUGUGCUAUUACGGUUCUUCUGGGGUCCUCCGGAGACAUCUCAAUGCCACCCCUCGUACCUCCAUUCAGACCGCCCUCAGUCACCCGUACUAUUACUUACAGCAUGAAGGUCUGAAGACCGACAGUGGCACGUUCUCUAACGCAGCCCCUGACAUCUGCAUUGUGCACAAACUCCACCUUGAGUGUGGGAGGCUAAUUAACCUUUUUGACUGGCUGGAGGCGUAUUCCACAGUUGUCAGUGCAGCAGAGGGUAAAGAUCCUGAUUCCAGUGAUUAUGGCAAGGUGGAUGAACUAAAGCAUGCUCGAUUCAUCCAAGCGGUGUCAGAGCUGGAGUUCCUGGGAUUUGUGAAGUCCACCAAGAUGAAGACUGACCAUGUAGCACGACUGACUUGGGGAGGCUGCUAAGCUGUAGUUCCAGUUCUAUCAAAAGACUCAAUGGCAAAUUACGACAAGUGCUGGGUGGAAAUCUGUAUUAAAAAGUUUUAUUGUUUACAUUUCAACUAUGUAAGCAGGAAAAAAAUGAACAGGAUAAAGAUCAAAAUAAAUAUGAGAUGGUAUUGUG